CUGGCUGGGGGCCUGCCCGCGGCGCUGGACAGCGAGCACCCCCUCUUCGGCUCAGCUCUGAGUAUCUCCGUCUGAGCGGUGCUGAGGCCUUGCCUCCCAUUCGACUCGCCUCUGCUGAGAUUCCCCCUACACCCGAAGUCACUGUGGAGCCUGGAUACUGCGGCCGUGGGGGGGUGCCUCAGUGCAGCGUGUCUGAAAUUGUUUGGACCCCUUCCCAACAUGGGUGAUGAGGACAGCAACUCCAGCCUCGAGGCUGGAAUCCCAGUGGGCAUAGAUCUACGAACACGAGUUCUUCAGUUCGUAGAAGACAGAAUGCAAACUACUAUGCUAACUGGAAUAAUAAUUGGAGCUGCAGUGGCAUUGCCCCUUAUAGGGAUUUUUGUGUUUGUCGUUUACAGAAAGGUGAAGCAAUCUAAACAACCUCAGCCGCAAGUGCCUCAGUACAGAUUUCGCAAGAGAGACAAAGUAAUGUUUUAUGGGCGCAAGAUCAUGAGAAAGGUGACAACUCUCCCAAACUCUCUGGUUGGGAACAUGGUGCCUCGGCAAAGGAUGCGGAAAAGAGCAAAGGUUUUGUCUUUGGCUAAGAGGAUUUUGCGUUUUAAGAAGGAGUCUCCAACUCUGCAACCAAAGGAGCCACCCCCCUCCCUGCUGGAAGCAGAUCUAACUGAAUUUGAUGUGAAGAAUUCCCACUUGCCAUCAGAAGUUCUGUACAUGCUUAAAAAUGUCAGGAUGGCACUGAAGUGGUCGUUAAAGAAGUGCUGGCAGGGGAUAGUGUUCACAGCCUCCUCAGCAUUCUUGAUGUUAUCACAGGUCACCCUGCUCCAUAUAAAACCGUUUCAGCCCGAGCAGGAACACCAUCCACUAUAUUGCGACUUCCAGCUAGUGUUUUUCAGGAUGUUUUCCAGAAGUAUCCUGAAACUCUUGUCAGAAUGGUACAGAUCAUCAUGGUGAGGCUCCAAAGAGUGACAUUCUUGGCUUUGCACAACUAUCUUGGCCUGACCACCGAGCUCUUCAAUUCCGAGAGCCAGGCCAUCCCACUGAUAUCUGUGGCAAGUGUAACAUCUGGAGGAAGUUCAUACAAAGAGGUGAAAAGACAGCUGUCUAAUGUAUCGGAGGAGGAACGGGGAGAAAAGUUGGAGAAAGCAGGGGAUACCUCAGAAACAGACACAGUGAAGACUUCAGGUACAGAGAAUUCUGAGAACCUUCUCAAAAGAAGAGUUUCUUUGACAUCCUCUUCUGGAUCAGCAGAGGCUCUUGGUAGCUCCAGUGGCACUAAAUCAGACUUGGAUAUGGCGUACGAGAGAGCCAGGGUGCAUUUCACACCAGAUGAAGCUCCGACCAGUCCUGUUGUGAGCAAGUCUAUAUUGAAGAAGACUGUGACCGUGACAGAAACUCCCUCUGCGGUUUUCCAUUACAUAGAGGGUGACUUAGCUGCGCCAGACUCCUGUGCCGGCAAACAAGUUGAUGCCAUCUUCGAAGCUGCUAAGAAAGACCUUUUAACAUUGAUGAAACUCGAUGACCCCUUGUUGCUGAAGGGUAAAGUAACACUGCAUCAAGUUACGGCUGGGACUGUGGUAUCAAGGCAGGGAGACCAGGAUGUCAACAUCCGGUUUGUGAUCUCAGGUUUGCUUCAUGUGUACCAGUGGAAGAUAGACUCUGAGGAGGAGACCUGUCUAUUCAUCACCCAUCCGGGGGAAAUAGUAGGCCAACUAGCUGUCCUUACUGGGGAACCUCUCAUUUUCACCAUCAAGGCCAAUCGAGACUGCACGUUCCUGUCCAUUUCCAAAUCCCAUUUCUAUGAGAUAAUGCGGGUGCAGCCAAGUGUAGUGCUGGGUGUGGCCCACAGUGUUGUAAAGAGGAUGUCCUCGUUUGUGAGGCAGAUUGACUUUGCUUUGGACUGGAUGGAAGUGGAGGCUGGACGAGCUGUUUACAGGCAGGGUGACAAGUCAGACUGCACAUAUAUUGUGCUGAAUGGUCGACUUCGGUCUGUCAUUAGGAUGGAUGAUGGGAAAAAACAACUGACUGGUGAAUAUGGGCGAGGAGACCUAAUUGGGGUGGUGGAGGCAUUAACCCAUCAGCCUAGAGCCACAACAGUACAUGCAGUCCGAGAUUCUGAACUGGCCAAGCUACCAGAGGGAGCCCUGACAUCUAUCAAACGCAAAUUCCCACAGGUUGUGACUAGACUGAUCCAUUUGCUGGGUGAGAAGAUUCUUGGCAGCCUUCAGCAGGGGGGUCAUCCUCUUGGAUUGCAUACCACUGGCAGCAAGUGGGAUGCUGGAAACCCUGCCAGCAACCUCUCCACCGUAGCAAUCAUGCCAGUGUCUGAAGAGGUACCACUUACUGCCUUUACUUUGGAGCUCAAACAUGCUCUCAGCGCUAUUGGUCCUGCUUUGCUGCUCACCAGUGAUAAUAUCAAACAGCGGCUUGGUUCUGCUGCACUGGACAGUAUCCAUGAGUACAGGCUAUCUAGCUGGCUGGGGCAGCAGGAAGAUAUUCACCGUAUUGUGCUCUACCAGUCUGACAGCACCCUUACUCCUUGGACACAGCGCUGUAUCAGACAGGCGGACUGCAUCUUAAUAGUAGGGUUGGGAGAACAGGAGCCCACUGUUGGAGAGCUAGAAAGGAUGCUGGAGAACACAGCAGUCCGAGCCCAGAAGCAGCUGAUCCUGCUCCAUAAAGAGGAUGGGCCUCUCCCUUGCCGAACUGUGGAGUGGCUCAACAUGAGAAGCUGGUGCUCAGCUCAUCUUCACCUCCGCUGUCCCCGUCGAGUCUUCUCCCGGAGAAGCCUGCCCAAGCUGAUAGAAAUGUAUGAACGAGUAUUUCAGAAACCACCAGACCGUCACUCUGACUUCUCUCGACUAGCCCGUGUUUUGACUGGAAAUGCUGUAGCCCUAGUGCUCGGAGGUGGUGGAGCCAGGGGGUGCUCCCAGGUGGGAAUUAUCAGGGCACUGAUCGAAGCAGGCAUCCCAGUUGAUAUGAUUGGAGGAACUUCCAUUGGCUCAUUCAUGAGUGCACUGUAUGCUGAAGAGCGUAGCUAUAAUCAAAUGAGGAUCAAAGCCAGGCAAUGGGCAAUGGAUAUGAAUUCAGUAUUUAAGACUGUGCUAGACUUGACAUAUCCAAUAACCUCCAUGUUCUCUGGAGCCUCAUUUAACAGUGGCAUCAGCAACAUCUUCAAAGACAAACAGAUUGAGGAUCUGUGGAUUCCUUAUUUCACUAUCACGACUGACAUUACUGCGUCAGCCAUGAGGGUCCACACAGAUGUGCUACCUGCUGAACACCAGGAUCCACAGUUGCACACAGGUUCCCUUUGGAGGUAUGUCCGUGCCAGCAUGUCACUGUCUGGGUACAUGCCCCCUCUCUGUGAUCCAAAGGAUGGACAUCUCUUGAUGGAUGGAGGUUAUAUCAACAAUCUUCCAGCGGAUGUUGCAAGAUCCAUGGGGGCAAAAGUGGUGAUAGCAAUUGAUGUGGGCAGCCGGGAUGAGACGGACCUCACCAACUACGGCGACGCUUUGUCUGGCUGGUGGUUGCUGUGGAAGAGAUGGAAUCCCCUUGUUGAAAAAGUGAAGGUGCUGAACAUGGCAGAGAUCCAGACCCGGCUUGCGUAUGUGUGCUGCGUGCGGCAGCUGGAGAUGGUCAAGAACAGUGAAUAUUGUGAAUACAUUCGGCCGCCCAUCGACAGAUAUGGCACCCUGGACUUUGGGAAGUUUGAUGAAAUCUGUGAAGUGGGAUAUCAGCAUGGGAAGACAGUAUUUAAUGUCUGGGGCAGGAGCGGAGUCCUUGACAAGAUGUUAAAAGACAGGCAGGAGAUCUGCAAAUCCAAAACAUCUGGUAUUGUGACCUGUCCUAGUACCUCUUUCACUGACUUGGCAGAAAUCGUGUCCAGAAUUGAGCCAGUCAAAGCAGCUCUGGUAGAUGAUGAAUCUGACUAUCAGACUGAGUAUGAAGAAGAAAUUCUGGACAAUCAGAAGGACGAUUACGCUAAUUUCCUAAGCAGCCAGGUGGAAGAGGAUUCUGACUCCGAUGAAGAUGUACAAAUAAGAAAACGCAUCACCAUCCCCAAACAGGAGAGCCGAUCCAGCAGCACAGGGGAGCCCAGCUAAUCCCUAGGGGAGCUAUCAGGACUUGUCUUUCAUUUGAUCACAUAACUGUAGUUUCACUGACUAGAGCCCUUUUUAUAAAGAGAUUGCCUGGUUGAGAUGUUGCAGUUACUCAAACCUCUCAGAUCAGGAUGGAGGGGCUAUUUAACUGUCCUUAGUGAAGCACAAGACUUGCCAGUGCACUACCCACAUCUCCAUGCCCAGUGAGAUCUCAUGCCAUGGAAAUUUGCAAUGACUUUGCUCCUUUUUCCAGGUGCCAUUGUGGGUUGUGAGUCAUUGAUCUCUCUGGGGUUUGUAUAAUGAAGGGGUGUGCUGGGAGUUGUCUGUGGUUAGAAGUAUGUUCAGAUGCUGCUUUGGCUGUCUGCCACCAUGGGUUCUGUUUGCUGUUCUGGCCCAGAAGGCUCAAAAAAA